UUUGGUGAGUCGCGUCCGCGUCUCUCCCUGUUUUCUCUGUGGACUUUAUGCAAAACAUCUGAACUCUUUCGAUGGCGCCGCUGCAGUCACUGGUUACUGGCAGCUCAGAAAGCGUUAAAGAUAAUGACCUUCAUCGUUUAUAAGUAACGUGUUAACCACAGCUCGGCGCUGUGGCUUUAUCUCACGAUGUCACACAUGAAAUAAACGGAGCUCCUCCUGCUGCUCCCCAGCUGCAGCCUGUGCUGUCAUGGAGGUGGGUAGCCUCCCAGUGGAGUUAUGGAGGGUUAUCUUGGCUUACCUGCCUCUCCCUGAUCUGGGCCGCUGCUGCCAGGUGUGCCGUGCCUGGCGGGAGCUCAUCCUCUCUCUGGACAACACUCGCUGGAGGCAACUCUGCCUUGGCUGCCCAGAAUGUCGACAUCCCAACUGGCCCAGUAAACCCCAUCUGGAGCCGCCGUCCUGGAGAGAAGCCCUGAAGCAGCACGCCUUAGCCACUCGCACCUGGACUCAGAAUGGACCAGAUCUCCAGUCUUCUACCUGCCUUCUCUUUUUCCGACGGCGAAAAGACCGCAGGGUUUGGCAUGUAGGAUCUGGGUGUGAGUUUGAGACCCUACGUGGAGCCCUUGCGGUGGUGGGUCCUUAUGACCGUGUGGUUCUACAUCCAGGGGUGUAUGAGGAGCAAGCUGAAGUGACACUGAAGGUGCCGGUGGAGCUGGUGGGGCUGGGCCAGCUAGGCGAAGUGUCACUCCUGGUGUGUGUGGAGCAGCAAUGCCCUACUGCCAGGUUGUGCAAUCUGGUGUUUAUGCCACCUUGGUUUUCCACCGUGGUCUAUAAGACAUCAUGGGGCCAUGUCCAGCUUGACAACUGCAACUUUGAGGGGGCUCAACUCCAAAUCCGUGGCCCGGGAACCUGCCAGGCUCGCUUUUGCGCCUUCUCACAGGGCAGCUCUGUCCACUUCCUGGGUGUUGCCCUCAGUUUGUUGAACAGCUGUGAUUUCUCAGGGAGUGACACAUCUUCUGUGACUGUUGAAGGCCCCUCGGUGUCAGAAAGGAACUGGGCUUGUAAACACUUGGCUGCUCUGACUAGAACAUUCUCAUCCCGUGGCUUGUCUGGGAGUACUGGUACUCUCAGGUGCCCUCAGGACUUUUCUGACAGCGGGCCCCAAGCCCCCUUUGCUAAUGUUAAAGUGGAACAAGUGAGCACAGAUUGCUGGCAGCGAAGGACUAAGGUAGAGACGGAGUGCCACGGCACAGCUAUUGAAGAUGACUGGAGUGACGGUGAGCACAGUGAAGGAGCAGAUGGAAACCAUGAUGGCGAUAGUAUCAAACAUUUCAGUUCUUCAGAUUACAAAAUCCCAUAUGACAAUCAUGGCCUGUCCCACAUGUUGAAGCCCCAACUGGAUGGUUCUCUCCCACCGUCCUCCUCUGAUCCUCCAGCUGUGACCCCUGAAACUCUCUCCUUUGAGCAGGAACUAGAGAGAGACCCAGAUGCUCAGAUGUUGGCAGCAUCCACACAUGGCUGUAUCAUCAGGUUCUGCCUCUUCAGGGAGGGGAAGGGUGGCGUACAUUUGUCUAAUUAUGGACAAGCUCGGCUGGAGGGCAAUGUGUUCCAGGAGCUCAACUACGCUGUCCGGUGUAUCCAGAACUCUACAAUAGUAAUGCUGCAAAAUGAGGUGAGUCAGUGCCGCGCAUCAGGUGUGUUCCUUCGCCUGUCUGCUCAGGGCCUCAUUGCAGAAAAUAACAUCCACUCCAAUGGUGAGGCAGGGCUGGACAUCCGAAAAGGGGCCAACCCCAUCAUUGUGUGUAACAAGAUACAUAGUGGUGUGCGUUCUGGUGUUGUUGUCCUUGGCAACGGAAAAGGUUCUAUUCGGAGCAACCAGAUCUAUAACAAUAAGGAAGCAGGAGUAUAUAUACUCUUCAGCGGAAAUCCUGUGGUCAGCGGUAAUCAUAUCUUUCGUGGACAGGCAGCAGGAAUCGCUGUAAAUGAGAAUGGCAGAGGAAUGAUAACAGAGAAUGUCAUCAGAGAAAAUCAGUGGGGUGGAGUGGACAUCCGCAGAGGAGGUGACCCAGUCCUGAGGAACAACUACAUCUGCCACGGCUUCUCAGAUGGUGUGGUCGUGGGUGAACGAGGCCGUGGACUUAUUGAGGGAAACCACGUCUACUGUAACAAAGGCUGUGGCGUGUGGGUCAUGUCCUCCAGUCUCCCACAGCUCCUGAGAAACUUCAUCAGCCACAAUUGCAUGUACGGUCUGGCAGUGUUCUGCAGGAAAGACACAGAGAACAUCGAAGCCAGAGAGGGGAACUGGCUCGGGCAAGAGGGGAUCUUUGAAGGAGGAAAUGGAGGGGAAAUUAGGGAAGUAGAAGGAGAAGGAAGAGAUGGCCAGCAGAACCUGAAUGAAGAAGGGGAACUAUUUGGAUGGGAGAGCGAUUUGGAUAGUGAGGAUGAACACCAUUCUGCUCGGCGAUCCAUCAGUGUGGCUUUGAUAGAAAGCAACUGCAUAAGCUACAAUGGAGCGGUUGGCCUGUACGUGAAGAGCAGCGAACCACUGAAUGUUUUUGCUAACCUUUUAAACUGUAACUACGGCACCGGCAUUGCUGUGCUCCAGAGCAGCCAGCUGAUCCGACUGGCUGCAAAUUGCGUUCUUGAAAAUGGCCGAGGCGGCAUUACAGUGGAGAAAGACUGCCGGGUGGAGCUCCGUGGUAACGGCAUUUACAAAAACAACGGCCACGGCAUUCGUUUCAGUGGCAGUGGGCAGAUAGUCGAGAAUGACGUGAUAGGAAACGGAGGAUAUGGGAUCCAGGUUUCUGGCAGUGCUGAUAUCAGGUUGCUACGCAACCGCGUCCAGCCAGCCGGGGGUUGCGGUAUCGCCGUGCUUGGACAAGUAAAGGGAGCCAUCCACGACAAUGUGUUGUUCCAGGGACACCCUGGAAAUAAAAAAGAACUAUUAUAUAUGGACCCUAGCAACGAGAGCUGCGGCUUACGCAACAACAGUAUUUUAAAGCAUAAAAAUAGUUCAGUUGCUGCAUCAUGGGUCCUGGAAAAUCCUCCACCUCGUCCACAGGCCAGCUCUCCGUCCAAUCACUCCUCAUACAAUUACCCUUCCCGACUUGGAAUAUCCAUGACUACAAGGAUCAGCACCACUGUGGAAAGCGGCUGCCACAGUGGCAGCAUGUUCUGCUCAAUUCUAUGAAUACUGACACUCAAAACUUGUAUCAGUGACUUUACAGAGCAGUCAGUCUUCAUGUUUGACGCGUGAUGUAUGAUAACUGGAUCAUCACGCUGACCUCCAUUGGGGUAACUGACAACAAAAUACCAACCUGUGCUGAGUGUAACCACUGCAUCUCUUACAUUCGUGACACACAUUUGUAAAUCCAAAUCUAGAUUUAUGGUAGUUUAUUAAAUGUCAGCUAUGGAUGAAAACAAACUGGUGCACAAAAUGUGCAAUUCUGUCCUCCUUUACAAGUACAAAUCUCCUGCAGAUAUAUAUUUUUUACAGUGUACUCAUCGUGUGUAUGUUUAUUAAUCUUAGAUGUGAAAUGUAUCAGUCAUGCUGUUAUACAACAUGCUACAAAAUAAUGUGCCUUUUUUAAAUGUCACAAUGAUUGUAUAUUUUGGCAGAUGACUGGUGUGAGAUGUAUAUGCAAAAAAUGAACAAAAACCUGCAAAAAUCCAACAUCUUACUAAGUGGA